AUGCCCCGCCUUCACUCGGACACCAACACGGCUCGUGUACACUUCAUAAUAUUGUUGUACGUUUUGCUCAUACCAAACACCGUACAGGGAGCGUGUCUCUCUUCGUUCUCACCUUUUCCUAUUUUUUCUUUUCUUUUCUUUCUUUCUUUCUUUCUUUCUUUCUUUCUUUCUUUCUUUACUAUUGUGCACACCACUUUUCUUAAUGUUAUCCACUUUCUCAUUCAUAUUUAUAAGACAUAUGUCUGUUUAAACCUACUUCUAAGUCCUAUCUAUCUAUCUAUCUAUCUAUCUAUCUAUCUAUCUAUCUAUCUGACCCACCGAGAAUCACAACAUCUAUCUAUCUAUCUAUCUAUCUAUCUAUCUAUCUAUCUAUCUAUCUAUCUAUCUAUCUAUCUAUCGUUUUGUAGACGGACCCACCGAGAAUCACAACAUCUAUCUAUCUAUCUAUCUAUCUAUCUAUCUAUCUUAUUCAUAUUGAUCAAAGACAUAUAUCGCUUUACACCUACUUCUAAGUCGUAUCUAUCUGCCUGUCUGUCUAUCAAAUGUAUCUCAUUCAUAUUGAUGAACGACAUAUAUCUGUUUAUACAUACUUUUAAGUCCUAUCUAUCUAUCUAUCUAUCUAUCUAUCUAUCUAUCUAUCUAUCUAUCUAUCUAUCUAUCUAUCUGAUAUUGAUUAAAGACAUUCGUAUCAAUCUGUCCGCAUCUCUGUCUGUCUGUCUAUCUAUCUAUCUAUCUAUCUAUCUAUCUAUCUAUCUAUCUAUCUAUCGAUUCAUCUUCAUAGCGAUCAAAGACUUGUAUAUCUAUCUAUCUAUCUAUCUAUCUAUCUAUCUAUCUAUCUAUCUAUCUAUCUAUAAAGGCUUACCCACAUUACUGCCAGCCACUCUCUCUCUCUCUCUCUCUCUCUCUCUCUCUCUCUCUCUCUCUAUCUAUCUAUCUAUCUAA